AUCAUUGAGUUGAUACGGGAUUUGUAAAUUAACAAGUUAUUAUUUAAGAUAAAUUUGUUUAUUUAAUAAAUAACAAUCCCUAGAUCGUUUUAUUAGCACAUUUAAAGUUUAUAUUUGGACUAUGCAUGAAUUAUUAAACCAUAUGUUUUCAUAGCCAUGGCUGCGACGAGAAAGUUGCAAGGUGAAAUAGACAGGUGCCUUAAGAAAGUUUCCGAGGGUGUGGAAACGUUCGAGGACAUCUGGCAGAAGGUACACAAUGCCACCAACAGCAAUCAGAAGGAAAAAUAUGAGGCUGAUCUCAAAAAGGAAAUCAAGAAACUCCAGAGGUUACGCGAUCAGAUUAAAAGCUGGAUCGCUUCUGGAGAGAUAAAGGAUAAAAGUACUUUGUAUGAAAACAGAAAAUUAAUUGAAACGCAAAUGGAACGAUUUAAAGUGGUAGAAAGAGAAACAAAAACGAAAGCAUACUCAAAAGAAGGACUAGGAGCAGCUCAGAAGCUAGACCCAGCUCAAAAAGAACGUGAAGAAGUGAGCAACUGGCUAGCGAAUUCAAUAGAAACGUUAAAUUUACAACUAGACACCUUCGAGUCCGAGAUCGAAUCCCUGCUGGCAGGAAAGAAAAAGAGGCUGGACAAAGACAAGCAGGACAGGAUGGACGAGUUAAAGUCCAAGCUGGACAGACACCGGUACCAUAUACGUAAACUGGAGACAUUGCUCCGCAUGCUGGACAACAUGUCUGUGGAAGUAAAUACGAUAAAGCGAAUAAAAGACGACGUGGAGUACUACAUAGAGUCCUCUCAGGAACCGGACUUUGAAGAGAACGAGUACAUCUACGACGACAUAAUCGGGCUGGACGAGGUGGAGCUUUCGGGAGUGGGUAUCCCCUCGUCGGCGACCACCGACAGCAACAACAGCAACGAGACUGGCGGGACUCCGACCUCGACGAACUCUUGCUCGUCUCCGAUACCGUCUCCACCUCUCAGCUCGACGAUGCACAAUCACUCGAGCGAUAGUUCCACAGAUAAUGACAAAAAGCCCAAGGUCGAGACAGUUACUCCCGUUAAGCCGACAGCAGUGAGGCCGCUAUUGAACUCGUCACAAACGAGCAUUCCAGCGACGGGUAGUCCUGCCAACAAUAAUAAUAAACCUAGUACGUUAACGAGCAGUACACCGAGUAAAACCAUUCCCAUGACACCUAGCCAUAGCUCGCCUAAUUCAAAUAGUAAUCAUGUUGCCACCAGUAAUGCCGGUAACUUUGCCACCGUUGCUGCUUCGCACACUAAUUCACAAGCUGUUCAUUCUACCUCCAAAAUAUCAUCUCAAAACAGUGAGAAUGGCCUUUUAUCAUCGUCAAUGUCUAGCAUAACUUCACCAGUAUCUCAAUCACUAUCCCAACAGCAACUCUCGCAAUCCCAGCAGCAGUUAUCAACAUCAUCGCAGCUCCAAUCACCAGCACCAGCGCCUCAACACCAGUCCAUAACGCAGCUGACACCACAGCCCCAACAAGUACCACCAGCUCAAGUGCAAAGCGUGACGCAGUUGCAGCUGAGCUCGGGAAACCCUGCGGCCCCGAGCUCUGGGUCGAAUAUUUCUUCAGGACACUUGCUGCACCAGCCGAGCCAGAACCACAACAGCAACGAGACGGAAAUAACGACGCCGGUACCACCGGCUUCACCGCACUCGUCAGUCAGCAGCAGGCCCUCGCCAGUAAAUGCCAGCUCUCCGAUUCCCUCCACUGCCAACGGUCUCAUAUCUAAAAUCCCCGACGGCAUGUCGACUCUCAAGUCGAUGGCCCAGCAAGUCAUCGUAAGAGCUGGACUCGAGAUACCACCUGGUGAACCCACUAGAAAUAUCUUUGAUAAUUCUAAGACAAACAAUGCCACCAGUGAAGCCCAUAUUCCGCCGUUACUGGGUGUUGCACCUCUUGGCCCGGUUCCGCUGCAGAAGGAACAUCAGCUCCAGUUUGCUAUGAUGGAGGCUGCUUUUUAUCAUAUGCCUCAUCCUUCGGAUUCCGAGAGGCUCAGAUCUUAUUUACCUAGAAAUUUAUGCCAGACACCUCCGUAUUAUCAGCAGGUGCAACUGCCUCACUCGGAUACUGUCGAAUUCUUCCAACGACUGUCAACAGAGACGCUUUUCUUUAUAUUUUAUUACAUGGAAGGUUCUAAGGGCCAGUAUUUGGCAGCCAAAGCACUCAAAAAACAAAGCUGGAGGUUUCACACUAAGUAUAUGAUGUGGUUCCAAAGGCACGAAGAGCCAAAAAUAAUCAACGAGGAGUAUGAACAAGGCACAUACAUCUACUUUGAUUACGAAAAAUGGGGACAAAGAAAAAAAGAAGGCUUUACUUUCGAGUACAAGUACUUAGAAGACAGAGAUCUUAAUUAAGAAAGAAAAG